CUGCACUACAAAUUCAUAAAUUCUCAGAGUCUCACCUAUCGCUAUAUAACUCUUAUAUCCGACGCUCAGAUCCGAAUUUCUUCAACGCAAAAUCAUGAAGAAUCUCUCUCCGGCCGAGCUCAAAGCCUACGACGGCUCCGAUCCGGAGAAGCCUAUCUACGUGGCCGUCCGCGGCAGCAUCUACGACGUCACCACCGGCAAAUCCUUCUACGGCCCCGGCGGCGCCUACGCCGUCUUCGCCGGCAAGGACGCCAGCCGCGCCCUCGCCAAGAUGAGCAAGGACGAGAGCGACGUCGUUCCUGACCUCGACGGCCUCACCGACAAGGAGCUCGGCGUUCUCGCCGACUGGGAGAAGAAGUUCCAGGCCAAGUACCCCGUCGUCGGCACCGUCACCUAUAAUUAAUUAGGGCUUUUUCAUGUAUUCAACUGAUUUGACGAUACAGACUGAUUAAGUGAUGUUCUCGAUCGAAUCGCAAGUGUUUUUCAUGUGUUUUGUGUGUUGUAUUCAUGUGGAUACUUGUUGAAUGAUGAUGAAUAAAUUAUAGUAUUGGUGAA